AAAAAAGAUUUAUUAAUUUUUUUUUCUUUCAUUCUUUUUGGAGUCUUCAACCAUUUGCUCCCAACAGCACAUAUCAAACAGCAAAUAUGGCUGUUCCGGCCUCUUUACCAGCUUUGCUCGACUCAUUGACAAACUCCCUUACCUCUGCCUCCGAAGCCGCCCCCAAGAUUUCCGGCAUCGAGCCCACCAAAGAUGGCGUAUCCCUUCUCGACGUGAAAAACGAGCUUCUCCUCUCCUACCUCCAGAACCUCGUCUUUCUCAUCUUGCUCAAGAUCCGCAAUGCGAAGAAUGGAAAGUCCCAGGACGCGGAAGACGGAGACGAGGCAGAUCUGUCCGAUACCGUGGUAAAGAAGCUAGUUGAGCUGCGCCUGUACCUCGACAAAGGCAUCCGUCCCCUCGAGGAGAAGCUCCAGUUCCAGCUGGACAAGAUCCUGCGCGCCGCCGACGACGCCGAUCGCAUCGCCGCGCAAGCCAUAAAGGACGCCGAGGCCGGUGUAGGAUCCGACUCCGACUCAGCUUCCGGGGAGAGCGACGACGAAGAUGACGGCCCGCGCAAAACACCCUCAGGUAUCUCCGCCAAGCAAUACGCCCCCAGCUUCGGCAACUUCGCGCCGCCCUCUCAAGCCGUCGGCAUGGCCGCCGCCGCCGCAACGCAAGACAAGACCGGCGCCUACCGCCCUCCCAAGAUCACGCCCACCGUGAUGCCCACCGGCGACCGGCAACAGGGUCGCGACCGCGAUGACCGGCGACAGAUGAAGUCCGCGACGAUGGACGAGUUCAUCUCAAACGAGCUCUCGGUCGUUCCGCUCGCUGAGCCCAGCAUCGGCACGAACGUCGUGUCGGGCGGUCGCAAGAUCAAGACGGCGACGGAGCGGCGCGAGGAGGACCGGCGCCGCGACUACGAGGAGUCGAACUUCGUGCGCCUGCCUAAGGAGAGCAAGAAGGACCGCGCGCAGCGCAACAAGGCCGAGGGCCGCACCAACAAGAUGAGCUUCGGCGGUGAGGAUUGGCGCGACCUGGGUGAGGGGGUCGAUCGCAUCGAGCGCAUGACGCGGCGCAAGGAGGGCGGUGGCCGCGGGACGAAGGCGCUGCUGGACAAGAGUCGCAAGCGAGGCUGGGAUACCGCCGACAGCAACCGUCAAAGCGGCCACAGCGAGAGCACGAAGGAGAUAGGCGACAGGUUCAACAAGCGUGUAAAGGUCAUGGAAGGCGGCCGUAGAGACAGAGGCAAACGUUGAUACGAUUAUGGCUCAUUUAAUAUACCCUAACUACCCAUCUCGUUUUAUGGUCUAUCUAAAGAUACAUAAUCCCAACUAGCAAUUCGGGCACAUACUCGCGAGCUCUAAUUCGGUUCAUAAGUGCGCACUACAGCUAUACAAUGGAUCUCCCAUCGCUGAUUCCAGCUGU